AUGGGGAAAUACAGAGUGUUUCGUGCAAUUCUUAUUCGUGUAGUGUUCAUAAUACAUUCUUUGAUAACAAUUGGACAAGUUGCUUACAUGAAAGAUGACAAAUGGUACUGGUACCUUAGUGUUCCUUUGCUUUUUAUGGUAUUAGAAACAGUGAUAACAUUGACAUUAAGUCGGAAUCUCGAAUGGAGCUGGUUUUGUCCGUCCGUUUUUCUAUAUUUAGCAAGUGUAGUACCAGCAAUAUGGCUCUUGGAGCUCGACAAAGUGGAGAGAAAAUUGAAAGCUUUGGAGGGAUUACCAAUGAAUCUUACAACUGGAGCGCAGUUCAAAGAAUUAAACAAUUUAAUAGGGGUGGACAUAAAACUGCCAGAAAUCUCGUUAAGCACCGAAACUUGGAUAACUCUAAUAGAACAAUUCCUUAUGCUUAUUCUCAUAAUUGGGAGAUGGAUGUUGCCAAAAGGUGAUCUCACAAGGGACCAACUUAGCCAGCUGCUACUCGUCUAUAUUGGUACGGCUGCUGAUAUUUUAGAAUUUUUUGAUUCAUUUAAAGAAGAUAAAAUUGCAUCAGAACCUAUACUUGUACUUUUAACUCUAGCUAUAUGGUCAUGGAGCUUAAUGCAGUUUACGGUUGUUCUAACUGCAACUAAGGCAAGAAAAUCAAGACUUACAACAACCACUUCAACAAUACAAAAAUCAGACAGUUGCUGCACUAUAGACGUCUGCAGUAUUUUACUAAAUAUCACACUACAAGAUGCUCCAUAUCUGGCUUUCCGCCUUCUUCUUAUCUGUCACUACAAAAUUGUUACUUAUAUGAAUAUAUUCUUCACCUGUAAGAAUACUUUAGUAAUUUUUCUUCAGAUGUACAGACUAUACGUUGUAUACACGGAAAACAGUAGACCAAAAUCAGAUGAUGUCGAGAUGGCAUCCACGGUUUCUAUUAUUUCUAAUCUUUCAAGAAGCGAUUUUACUUUCGAACCAAGAAGACGACGAAGACCGACGAGGACUCAGCAAGAAAGCAUGAGGAGUCAAAGUACUGUCAAGACUCAAAGAAGUAAUAGUAGUAGAAGAAGUGGGGAAACAGAAGAGUCAAGUGAUAGUGGUGGAAGUGGAACAAAUAAUAUAAAGAAAAGCAGAAAAUCGACAAAUACAAGAAAAGACACAGGCUACUCAACAGCCAGCUCCCAAACAAGCACAAGAAACAAUACACACAGACAUCAACCUAAACAACAAUAUAAUAUCGAUAAUAUGGACCGUGAGACUAGAAGAAUGGUGAGACAAAAAUUAAAGCGUUCAGACAAAGAUACGAAAGGGAGAAGAAAAUUAGAUGACGUCGUCUCUGAAGAAAGCGAUGUUACAUACACAGAAGAAGAUCAUCGGAAAAACAAAGUUAAUAAGGAACGCAAAAGAGAUAGGCACACAGAGAAAAGUUACGAUAAAGCUUCAACCGUUACUGUUAGUGAUCAGUCGUCAGACUGA